AUGGACGCUGAUAAUACUGUUGUGUAUAUAAAGGUGACUGGGAGGAAUAGGGAAGGUUUUGUAGAGCCUCCAAAAUUUUACUGGGACCUGGAGAAGGACCAGAAACUAUGGUCAAAGAUAUCGCAUUUUGGGAACAAGAAGAAAAGCAUUGACUGGACUAAGCUGAGUCGCGAAUUUGAAACUCCUGAGUAUUUCUUGAGAAAACGGAGCUACAGGCUCUUUGCAAAGCAUUUGCGGAUCCUGGAGCGUGAAAUUGAAACUAAGACGCGUGGUUUGGUGUUGGAACAAGACACAGGCGACAACGCAGAUCAAAACGACAUGGGAGACAGUGGGAGCGAUGUGAGUGACGACGAGAAACAGGCGGAGAGAGAUUCUGUGGCCCCGGAAGGGGUGAAAAACCUGCGGUGGUCUAAGAUUUUGAAUCAAAGGGUGCCUGGCGAUCCAAAGGCUACAGAUUCUUCACUAAGUGAGCUGUCGAAUUUGAGCGUCAGCAAGUCAGCGCUGGAAGAAGCACUUUUGGAGAGGCUGCAGCUAUAG